GCUGAGCGACGGUGAGCGAGUCACUUCAAAAAUCGAGAGAGAGAGAGAUGGCGAAGCGUUUGAAGCUCCGGAUCGCCCGAGCCUUCCAAUCCUGCCGCUCCAAAGACGCUUCCGCCCUCCCCUCCGAUCCCGUCCCUUCCUUCCUCCGCCUCCCACCUGUCGGGCCCGCCCUCAUCGCCGUCGACGUCUCCUCCUCCCCACGCAAGCCCCACCGCUCCUUCCUCAACCGCCACCUGCCCCACGCCCUCAUGCCCUACGGCUGCGGCUGCGGCUGCAGGUCGCGACCGUCCUCCCACUCCCGCCUCUCCGACGACGACCGCACCGGGUCGCAGCCUCGGUUCCACUGGAAACAAGAGGGGGGCUUCCACGUUAUGGCCACGGCGCGUGACGAGCACGCCCCUCGCAGGAAGAUCUACACCUCCUCCGCCUCCGGGGGCUCCGACGUCGACAAUGACGACGAUGGAGCCGACGUUGUGUCGGCUUUGAGUCCCGUGGUGGCGAAAAAGAAACGAUGCGCCAAGAAUAAGAAGAAGAAGACGGGGAUCAGACUCCGUGGUCGUCUCAGCACUUCCUCGAAGGAUAGCGGGCUCUUCAGCAGCGAAGACCGCGGCGGUGGCGGCGCCAGCGCGGACUACGACGACGACGAAGAAACGGAGACUCUAGUCUCCUCCUCCAGAAGCUUCUCCACCACCGAAUCCUCGUCCGACCACGCCUUUAAUCCCCAGCUGGAGACCAUUCGCGAAGCGCCGAAACGGAGGAGGAGGCGGAGGAGGAGAAAGAAGACGGUGGAGGUUGAGGCGGAGGCGGCUCGGCUGUCGGUGUUCAGGAGGAUGAUGCCGUGCGGGGUGAUGGAAGGGAAGGUAAGGGAGAGCUUCGCGGUGGUGAAGAGGACGGAGGACCCGCGGGGGGACUUCAAGCGGUCGAUGGUGGAGAUGAUCGUGGAGAAGCAGAUGUUCGGGGAGGAGGACCUGCAGCAGCUGCUCCGCUGCCUCCUCUCGCUCAACUCGAGGGACCACCACGGCGUCAUCGUGGACGCGUUCUCCGAGAUCUGGGAGGCCUUGUUCGGUCGGAGAUCGUCGGUGGGUGGACGUUGACGGCGAGGAAGACGAUGAGCUCGCAGAGUCAUCCCUUCCGACUCCAUGAAUUUUCAUUCUAUUCCUUAGCUUCUCGCUCUUUUCACUGUUCUGUCUAGUUUUCCAGCCAGUAGUCACUACUUACUAUUUACGUUGUAGACCUUCUCUCUCUCUCUCUCUC